GACAGUCUUACUCUUUUCUGAUCUUGCGGAAUGGAUUAUUGUUUUUAACGCAUUGAGUGUCUGCUUUGAGACUUUACCUUUUAAAACUCAAUUGCUUAUGAUAACUCUUCUUCUUUUUUUCGAACUCCUUCCAUUAAUAAUACUUAGAUGAAUGGUUUUUUUUAAAUUAUUUAUUGUUUUCAUCCUCCAAGCACAAGCUUUUUGAAAUUAGCAACAAGAGAAUCCCUUCCUCCCGUUGGCCCCACGUUCUUUCCGUUCUUAAUUUCUCCGGGACUGCCUUCCUAAUUGUUUCUGGGGCUGGGUCGAUCGGAUUGGUCGAAAUUUCUCUGAUCUGAUCUGAUCUCGAAUUUUCUUGGGAGGAAUUUCAUUUCUCCCGAAGCAGCCUUGGAUUGUGCUUCUGUUCUUCUCCUGGUCCGACAGGGGGUUAUUUGUUGGGAGUUUACCUGGGAAACUAUGUGACAAGUUGAGGAGCAAAGGUGAUUCCUUCACAUCUUUCAUUUUAUCGUUCUUUCUUAUAUUCAAAAGUACGGAGGGAGGACGACAUCAUCCUCUGCCUCCUCUUUCUCUUUCCCUUUUCCUUGUCACGUGCCGAAAGGGAGGAAGAAGCUUAAAUUGAACCCAACGGAAGGAAGGACGGAGAGCUGAUUCGUGUCUUUUUCUUUAGUUGCUCCUCUCGUACCAAGGAAGGAAUAUGUUCCCUUUGCCCUCCUCCGCCCGGUAUUUUUGUUUACAGUGGCACCACCGACACAAGGGACCAGUGGCGGUGGCUUGCACAUUUCUGCAUGUCCGCCUCGAAGCCCCGACUCAACGUCCUCCUCAAACAUAUCGCCACAGAAGCUGCGUCCUCGGACAUGGCAAAUUUCCUCCGACUUCUUUGUCGCAUGUUCUCUUUGUUGUUGAUGUUGACGUGGCCGUGGUGGUGGUUCCGCCUCAUCCUUCUCCCAGUAACAGUAGCAACGUCCUCCGAAGGCAACAAUGUCAAUAGCAACGCUGCCCCCCACAGCACGUAUUGUCGCUCCUACUGCGGCAACAUCACCGUGGACUUCCCCUUCGCCCUCCGGACCGGUUGCGGCCAUUCCGGUUUCCGAGACCUCCUCUAUUGUAUCAACGGCGUCCUCAUGCUCCACAUCCCCUCCGGCUCCUACCGUGUGCUCGACAUCGACUACGCCUACCGCGGCGUCACCCUACACGACCCUGGCAUGUCCGACUGCUACUCCCUAUUGCGUUCCCCCGGUGGCCUAGGCAAUGGCUUCGUGGUGGAGCCCUGGAGGGCGCCCUACCUAGAGCCCGACCCUGACAACGUCUUCAUGCUUCUGGGCUGCCGCGCCGAUUCGCCACUCUUCCAGGGCUUCCCCUCGCCAGAGGGGAAGCACCUGCCCUGCCGCAACGUCUCCGGCAUGGGCUGCGAGGAGUACUACCGGUGCCCCGCCUGGGAUGAGGGGCCCAGCAGCAGGAGGCCAAGGGGUUCCGCCUCCGCUUCCGCCUAUGGGGUCGUGAGCCCGCCGGAGUGCUGCGCCUUGGAGUUCGGGGCCAUCCGGGCCAUCAAUGUGAGCCACUUGAGGUGCGAGGGGUACAGCAGCGCCUACAGCUUGGCGCCGCUGCGGGCGGCGGGACCGGGGGCCUGGGCUUAUGGGAUUCGUGUGGCCUACUCGCUGCCGGCUAACCACCAGGGGUUCUGUGGAGCGUGCCAGGCCACAGGUGGCGUAUGCGGCUACGACCAAGGGACGGAUGCUGAUAUCUGCCUAUGUCACCACUAUAACUCUACUUCCAACUGUGACUCUGCCUAUGCGGCUGCCACUCCUGAAAGCUCAUCCGAACCGAGCAUCAUGCCCAAGCCUUCAUUGGCGACUCUAGUAGGAGGUUUCCUACUUUUCCGGAAUAUAUUGUCAUCCACUUUAUAGAAAAAGAGUGAUCCGCGUGACAAAUGGUUGGUUCAGGAUUUAAUUUUCUCAAGAUAUGGUUUCCCCAGUUCUUUCAUCAAGCGUCUUAAUGUCCCGAGGAUUUGGAACACGUUUCAACAAUGGAAUACGUCCACUUCACUUAAUCCGAAAAGGAUUUUUUUUUCCUUUUUUUUUUUUUUUUUUUGAGGAGUGUUACUGGCUUUCGUGUGUCAUGUUACUCUCGGAUCGUGUGGUUUAUUUUUGAGAAGGUAUUUGCCUUUUAGAGCAUUGGUAUUUUUUUUUUGAGAACGUAUUUGCAUUGUCCAUAGUUGUAAAAUUCGAGUUAGUAAAGUUCGAGUUAUGUUGUAACUAUUUAGUACCAUGCUGGCGUGUAUUUUAUUUUUUUACAAAAAAAUAAAACUAUUCCAUGUGACACAAAUAUUAGAGCUGAAAUCAAAGUUUAUAAAUAAACAAAU